UUAUUCUGUCGACUGCUAUCAUGGUUUGUGUUUAUGUCGUCUCCAGUUGUAUCAUUUACUAGUCACCCCUCAGCCCCAAAGUUCGUGCUUUGAUUGUGAACGAUGGAUAAUAAUCCAGUUACUGAAACACUCCCGGAUUCGUCAAAUGCGGAAGAUAAUGAACCAAAUGUAGAAAUGCCUUCGCAUACAGACGAAAGUUUACCGGCUAUCCUCAGCAGCGCACCUGCCACUCCGAAAGCAGAUAAUAAAACACCUAAAAUUACCGUGGUGCUCUGUCCAGUUGGUGGAGCUCCAAUUAUGAGGCAAAGGAAGUGGGAAGUUGAUUGCACUCAGACAAUUGGAUUUAUUGCUUCCUUUAUCAGAAAGAAACUUACACUCCAGAAAUCUGAUUCUCUUUUCUUUUACGUCAACCAGUCCUUCGCACCUGCUCUCGACCAAUCAGUCCAGAAUCUUUUCGACUGCUUCGGCUCUGAUGGCAAAUUGAUCUUGGCUUACUGCAGAACGCAAGCUUGGGGCUGAGGACAAAAUUAUGAAUCAAAUAGAGGAUUCUCAACAGACAAUAUGAUUUUUCUUGUAUUUAAUGACCAUUUUUUAUUCACUUAAAAAUCCAAGAACAUAAUAAAUAACCGUUCAGUCUU